AUGAAGUUUCUCAGAGAUUCUUAUAGCCUCACCAGAUUCUUAAAGAAUUGUGGCAGUGCUGGAUCCGUAGAGGAAGGUAAGAAUGCCCAUGCCCACAUAAUCAAAGUAGGAUUUCAGCAGCACUUCUUCUUGCAAAACAAUAUACUUCAUAUGUACAUAAAAUGCCGGAAGAUGGAGUUUGCCCGCCAAAUGUUUGACAAAAUGUCUCAACGAGAUGUAGUCACCUGGACUUCGUUAAUCACAGGAUAUACUCACAAUGGACAUCAUGAAGAAGCUUUGCAGCAUUUUGAGCAAAUGCAGAGCGAAGGCGUAUUACCUAAUAAGUUUACUUUCGCUAGCGUUUUAAAAGCUUGUGCGGGGUUAACGGACUUGGAACGGGGCAAAGAGAUUCAGGAUCAGAUUAGGAAGAUGGAAAUUGAGGUUGAUGUUGCUGUGGAGAAUGCGCUUAUUGAUUUGCAUGCAAAAUGUGGUAACAUUGAAGAUGCGCGGCAAAUAUAUGACAAAAUGUUUAAUCCAGAUAAGUUUUCUUGGAAUGCCAUGAUUGCAGGGUAUUUUGGGAAUGGGCGUCUCGAAGAGGCUAAGAAGCUUUUUUAUGAGAUUCCAGAAAAAGAUGUCGUGUCAUGGAAUGCAAUGAUUGCGGGAUAUGCACAGAAUGGGAUGAAUGAAAAGGCGUUGCAAUUUGUAUUUCCCAUGCGGAGUGCAGGUAUUAGGAUGGAUCAAUACAGUUUAUGCAUAACAAUUGGAGUCUGUUCUGCAAUGGGAGAUUUGGGAAAGGGAAAGCAAGUUCAUGGUCAUGUUUUCAGAACUGGGUUUGAUUUGAACGGUGUUGUUGGUAAUGCUCUUGUUAACAUGUAUUCCAAAUGCAGGAGUGUAGAUGCUGCACGCCUUGUGUUUGACAGAAUGACAAACUUUAGAUUUGGAUUGCCAACCAGGAUGGCUGUUGGAUUUUUUCGUGGUGAAGCAUCAAAAACUCACUCGGGUGAAUCCAUUGCGAAUACUGUCUCAUGGAACGCUAUGAUCUCUGGAUAUGCACAGGAUGAUCAGGGUGAGGAGGCUGUGAAGCUCUUUCGGAGAAUGCUUAGAGAAGGGGUUAAGGUAGACUUAUUCCCUUAUGCGAGCACGUUAAAGGCUUGUGCAAGCAUUGCAAUUCUGGAACAGGGGAAGCAAGUGCAUCCACACAUUAUAAAAAGUGGAAAUGAGAUGGCUGCCUUUGUAGGGAGUUCUCUUGUUGACAUGUAUGCAAAAUGUGGAAGUAUAGAUGAUGCUCGUAAAGCAUUUGAUAAACAGUCCAAAAAUGAUGUUGUAUUGUGGACUACUAUCAUUACAGGGUAUGCACAGCAUGGAUUAGGGCAUCAGGCUAUCGAAUUGUUUCAACAAAUGCUGCAGGCAGGUAUCAAGCCAAAUGCCAUAAGCUUUUUAGGAAUUCUCUUUGCUUGUAGCCACUGUGGUCUCAUCGAUGAAGGGCAUCACUAUUUUGAUUCAAUGAGCCAAGAAAAUGGCCUCAUUCCAGAAAUAGAGCACUAUGUUUGCAUGGUUGAUCUUCUUGGUCGUUCUGGGCGCCUGGAUGAGGCAGAGGAAUUUAUCAAAAAAAUGCCAGUGAAACCAAAUGGAGCUAUUUGGGGUGCUUUGCUUGGUGCUUGUAGAAUGCAUGGAAAUAUAGAAAUGGGAAGACGGGCAGCAGAAUGUCUUCUUGACUUCAGAUCACAGGAUACAGGGUUGUAUAUUCUACUGUCAAACCUAUAUUCCACUGCAGGAAGAUGGGCUGAUGCAGCCAAAGUUAGGAAAAUGAUGGAAUAUAGAAACUUAAAGAAAAAACCUGGGUACAGCUGGAUUGAGGUCAGAGAUAAGGUUCAUUUGUUUACUGUUGGAGAUAGAUCACAUCCACAAACAGAAGAGAUUUACACUUUCUUGGAGAAAUUGUCCAUGGAAAUGAAACAAGUAGGAUAUGUUCCUGACAAAAACUUUGUGCUGCACGAUGUAGAGGAAGAGCAGAAGGAGUUUCUUCUUGGCCACCAUAGUGAAAAGCUAGCAAUUGGUUUUGGACUCAUCAGCACACCUUCAGGAUCAACAUUACGAAUUACAAAAAACCUGCGCGUAUGUGGUGAUUGCCACAUUGCUAUAAAAUUCAUCUCUAAGCUAGUUUGCCGAGAAAUAGUUCUCAGGGAUAACCGUCGUUUUCAUCAUUUUAAGGAUGGAAAAUGUUCCUGUGGAGAUUAUUGGUGA